AUGAGGAAGGGCAAGAGGAAGAGGCCGGGUGCCAGGCGCCGAGAUUCCGCCUCGCACAACUCCAGCUUGGAGUCCACCACCCCCACGUCCACCACCCCCACGAAUCCCAGCUAUAACUCUGCUCCCCAGUCUCCUAGCUCCACUCCCAUCCCGCUGCAUCCUAGCUCGGAUACCAACUCGCAGCCUCUGAGCUCCGAGUCCAGUCCCCAGAACUCUGCACUCCCGGCUCUUCCAGCUCCUGAAAUCAGCCAGCCCACUCAGUGUCUUUUACCUUUGGACAUGAAAGCAGCCUUUCCAUCUGAGAAUCCAGGGCCUCUGACCCCAGUGGGCCCGCACUCCUGCGCCUGCGUGCCCUGCCCAGGCAGCUCUGCCUGCUGCCGUCAUCUGGGGCAGUGCCACAGCCGUAUCUGCGAUACCCUGAUGCCCCGGGACUGGCAUCCCCUCCCAGGGAGAGGAAUCCCGAGCCUCCUCACUUUCUACAGAAGAUCUGGAAGAAAACAUUCAUUCUACCGUAGCGCACGCGCUCCAGGCUCUCGGGACCGCUGCUGUGGCUCUGGGAAUCCUGGGAGCUGCUUUCUACACCAUUGA